AUGGCAUCGCCUUCUGCCUGCAAGGAUCGCAAGUUGGGCUUUUUGAUAGAAGAAAGAGAUAAAGAGAGAAAGGGAGAGAGAGAAGCAGAAGAAAAGGAGGAGAAAGAUGGCAGAGUACGGAGCUCACUAGUGACAAAAAAAUAA